UUCAUUUUGAAUGGACUCUCGACGUGUUCCAGAUGUUCGCCCCGGAUUUUCAAUAGUUUCUUUUUUGUGGGGACUAUCUUUCGAUUGAUUGCUGACUUUGAUAUGACCACUGUCAUAUUCGCGUUUUUGUACUGGAAUGGACGCGUAUCCGGUUGUUCCGCAAUCAAUCAUCAUUCCAAUUAGGGAGGGCCUUGGACAACAUAGGUAUCCCUAGCUUUCUGAAACUGCUUAGCUCUAAACCCUACGAAAAUGUUUCCGGUGAACUCCUCCGACAAACUUAAAUGAUUUGGAUAGGUUUAGUUGACGCAGGCUGCUUCUUGGGAUUCCUACGCGGCUGGCCCAUUGUGAACGACGUAUGACUAGCUAUACUGUGAUAACCAUUAAACCUUCCGCCGGUUCUCUGGGAUUUACUUUUGAAGAUACAAAUGAAGCUGCUAACCCACGCAUCCUGUCUGUCAACCCGAAUGGUAACGCGUUUAAAGCCGGUCUACGAGCUGGACAGACGAUACUGUCGGUUGGACCAACUCCCGUUGCUGGCCUAACAACCGUUGAAAUCCAUGAUUUGGUCGAGAGGCUAGCGGCCAGGUUUGGUGACGUGACUCUGCAUGUUGCCGAUGAUCGCGUUAUGGAUCCAGACCCUCGUUCGCAACCACUGGAUGCUGGCGAUGGGGACCAGUGGGUAUCCGUUCCAUUUUCACCCACACAAGGAGAAAGAGACUUACCCCUGGUGCGCAAACAGGCCUAUCGGCCACCCAUGGUGAGGGAUGAAUUUACCGUAGAUUCCAAAUCUAUCGACCGGAGGAGUUCUCCGGUUCCCUGUACUGUCACUCUAAUGGAAUUCACCGCCGCCUCUGGGCAUGCUGCUGCUCCUUCUCCACAAAUUAGCUAUAAACCACGGCACACACAAUUGGCAUAUGGGUCUACCGCAGACGCUGUCACUCAAUCUGGUUUGGGGGCUGUUGCCAGAUUAGCUAUUGACGGUGGCCUAAGUGCUGACGAACUGAUGCAUAUCGGCCACACGUCUUCACAACCUGGACCUGUGACGGUGAACGUUCAGCCAAACCCUGCAUUUGCCAGACCGGACAGUGGUAGCCAUACCGUCCGAACUCUUCGGUAUGGCCGAAGUCCACCCUACAGCACUCCUGGCCCACAAAGGCUGUCGCGGCCUGUGUGUCAGCCGAUUUCUUAUUGCACCACUCAACCCAUUCGUGCAUCACAAUCACCGGACUGGCCACGUGGACAACAUUGGAGUCGAGCACGGCAACAAACCCGCCCGUUCGGAGUCCGCAAUCCCCUCGGUAAUGUAACGAGCACAGCUGUUUGGUACAGCUCUUCCAGACGAGGGUCGUUUCCUCUUCAAAUGACUCGGGUUGGUGGCCUUAUUCUCCACCCCACAGCGUCGUCGUCUCCGGACUCCGGAGAGUUUGCCGCCUGCAAGCUUCCUCAUGAACAUCGCCUCACCUACCAAUCAAUGUCUGCUUGCACAUCGCCUACGAGUGGGAAACACGCAAACACCUCAUCCUCUUCGCCCAGUACCACUUUCUUUUCCGCUUCCGCUCCAAGUCCCCUCACUACUCCUCCAUUACCCGUGUCCUCAGCGCCAACAGGUUUCCGCGAUAUAGUUCGUUUGGGCCCAGGGGACACAGUAGUCCACGCGGCUCCUGGUGACACCAUUUAUAAUGUGACCGAUUUGAUUCGAAUGCAUGAUUGCCCACAACCAUACGUAAGCAUGAGUCAUCCAGAUGAGUUUCCUCCUGUGGCCUGUGGCUGUGUGCCGGAUGGCGAAUCGGUUCAGGUGCACGAUCGCACCCGUUCUCCCCUCGCAGCAACACCCCCUCAGCCGAAGGAUGGCACUGAAUCAGGCACCACUGUCUUGCCCAAAUUCACCUUCUACAGGGACGCCACCAGUAACCCGACGGCUGGUGACCUGAUGGAUUUUCGUCAUUCCACUCCAGAUCAUUUUUAUCCUCAGUCUCACCCCCCUCAAUUUUUACCUACCCGAGCAGCCACCGGGUUCUCCUCUCCACCCGGACCACAAGUUGCACGAACCGUUCGACACCUGCGGCGGAUACGACACAUUUUUGGCAAUCCCCUGGACUACGAAAGUUCAAAUAAUUCAGCAUCUCUGGGUGCUCUAGUCUUGCCAUCAGACAAGGUGGGCAGCUCAACCAACAGUCUGGUGGAAAUACGUUCACAUGGCAGUCGAUCGGUGGAUUCGGUUCGACCGUCAAGUUACACGUGCAAAUGUCCGCCGAACUCCAUUCCUUUCUUCCUGUCCGAUAUGUCGGUCGAAGGUGCUUCGACAGUGAUCCCUCCCUCAGUUCCCCAUUCGUGUACCGCUUUGGUACGGUUUGAGGUGCCCUCCAGAACUGAGGACAAUUUCCCGAAUACAGCCCCUUGGGAACGUUAUUAUCUUCGACGAGCAGACGAUACCCUUAUUAUGACGCACCUCGCUGGUGAACCGUCGACCACCACUCGGAAGCAGCCAACAUUUGCAUAUCCGUACUUGGCACAUAUGCACGUCACCCUAUCCGGUGGGACAGUCACGUGGCAGAACAAUAUGGACCAAUGCACCUCAUCUGUAGCUCUGAAGUCUGACACAUUUCCUUUGGCUGAUCCAGUAUUUGGUACGAUGAACGUACUGAUGCCCGAACAACACCUCAAAUGCCACAUCAUACUGGAUCGACAGCUUGCAUCGAGCGUUUUUGGCUCUUGGGGUCCCGAGCCUGCAGCUAUCAAAUCGACGGAAGGGGCUGAGUCAGAAGAUAUCCAAGUAACCGGAACACAAACACAAUCGCGCACUAAUCCUCGACGUAUUAAACCAGUCACGGGUCGUUCAUCUAGUCUGGGUUUGGCGGGGCCAGCUGGUGGUAUGCCACUAUUUCGCGCAGUUGGAACGGCUGCCGCAUCAGUUGGUAUGCCGUUGAUCGGGAGGGCUCACCUACCGUCGUGGCUGCAAACUUCAAGUUCUACCAAAACCAUCGAGAUAUCCAACCCGAUUCCAAUUACUAGCUCCGCAGAGUCAGCGAAUGGUGGAAUGAAGCCAAAGGACGCACGACUGGUAUCUUCUCAGACGACGCCUAAGGCCACUUCGACCGAUUCGUCCAAAAAGGUUUCUCGUUCAAGUCGUGGUUGGUUUCACCAGGCGUGGCAUCCUAUGCGUCGUGUUGCAACUGCCUCCGACGACCCUUGCGCUCAUUCCCGGACGUCGAAGAUGACCAGUGCCGCUCGACGGUUCGCAUCUACUCACGGUAUUCUGACCCAUUCCAAGUCCACUACUGCUUCGCAGUCUGAUAUCAUGCCGUCACAGCUGGAACACUUCGGACAGAUUGAAACUGAACCACCCUCCUUGGAUGUGCGGUCAGCAGUCGAACCGAUCAGUAGUCCAGCACCUCUACGCUUAGCGGCUUGCGUCUCUCCUACUCCUGCUCUUCAGAGUCCUUAUGUUACGUAUCUAAGUCCAGAAGCUAGUGAUUUUCCAAACGGGUCUCGAUCGUCUCCAAUGCCUUCAACCAGCUCGCAUGAAGAUAUUCUAAAGGCUCCGACCAUGGUGUUCACGGGAAGCUCCUCUGAUAUCGACAGUGGUAUGUUAUCUGAGCACUCAGCCGUGGCUUCCAUAACCGGACAGGUUCAUCAUGUCAUGAUAGCAUCCGAAACCUUUGGGACAACACCCGCGUUUGUCCCGCUUCCGCAGCCACUCAGUGGACCACUACCUCUGCACAAAUGCCCCAGGAGUACUUUAUCGCCCUUCGUCCCGUUUAUUGUGGAGCUCUGUGUGACCUUGGUCGAGCGCUAUGGCCUGAAUUGUGUUGGUCUCUACCGGCUGUCAGGAAGCAAAACCGCCCAUGAUUUCAUUUCAUUGGAGCUAAGGAAGCCGUUGCAAGAAAUCGAUAUUCAGUCUGACAAGUGGAACGAUAUUCACGCAAUCUGUGGCGUUCUCAAGACAUUUCUGCGCACACUUCCGGAUUCUCUCUUCCCCAAAGUCAUGUACACUGAUUUCUUGAAUGCCUGUCGUAUUCCCGACCGCGAGAAGCGCCUGUUAUCCAUCCAGCGGCUUCUGGGGAUCAUGGAAUGCUAUCCGGACCACCCAGAGUACCGAGCUCACCGGGCAACUCUACGUUAUCUAGCCACGCAUUUGGCGCGCGUGAGUGCCCGAGAAACGGUGAACAAAAUGACCAUCUACAAUUUGGCCCUCGUAUUCGCUCCGAACUUGGUUCAGCCACGUGAAGAAACUCCGGAGUUGCUGAUGAGUGAUUCCAAAUACAAGAUUAUGUUGGUCGAAACGGUCAUCAAAUAUCACUCGUGGAUUUUCUCUCCCGAUUUGGGUAUCGAAAGUGGUUGCUCCAUUCCAACCGACUCGGUCGAGGAGUUACCUUCAGCCAUAACUGAUUUAGAAACAACGAUGAUGCGCGGUUCAACAGAAUGCGGACCUCUGCUUAUUCCCACCAACAGCAUGGAAGGUGAGGAAUCAGCCAAUCAACCGGGUCGAGUUGAAGGUGACGUUCAGCCUUUAUUGGCCAAACUUCUCAACGCAGCUGCCGGUCUCCCACCACCUCCUUCUGGCACGGAUUUGGAAACCGCGGUCGAACCUGGCCCCGAAUCUGAUCGUCCAUCGGAUAUUGCCUUGCCUAUUCAUCGACGUCGAUUCACUUCGAUCCCAACUAGCACAUGGUCUGCGGCGGCACUCCGCUCACUUGACCCCGACGCUUCUAUUGAAGGAAGACGUUUCCAACCGGAAUUACUUCUCACUCAAGAGACCGAAUUCGAUGCGGCUUCUGAACCCAGUGAUAAUGACCCAUCUUGUGAUAUCACACCAUUGACGGAUCUCUCUCCACGCCCGCGGCAAUUCAGCUCGCAACUUGGAACAAAAUUAGACAACUUGCGGCACCUCAGUCAGGGUUGCUUGGAUCAGUACACCAACGAAGCUCGUCAGCUUGGCGAACGAGUUGCCGAGAGCCGUCGUCAACUGCAAAUCAUAGUCACACAACGUUUGCACGCGGAACAGUUGCUCCACGAAGCUCGGAAUCAAAGGGGUGAUCAAACUGCGGGUUCGGAUCUGGGUUCCCCGAACCAAUCCACCCCAUCCACAAAUGUUCAAGAUUUCACUUACCUGGACACACAAGAGGAGCAACAACCGAGUGAAUCUGCUACCGUUGUUCAAGCGAUCACCAUCCGUCUUAUCCUUCAUUUGGAUUUCCACCUUGUCCUUCCAUUGUGCCAAUGCUGUGUCAGUCUCACUUGAUUGCGUCUUGCGUGCCAGAUACAAAACCACCAGUAUGUCCCCGGGCACGAAGGGGGCAUGACAGCUGUCGAGGACGAUGCUGCACUCUGUCCAAGCUCCAGGUCUUUUCCAACCUCGAAUUGACUUGAUCAAUGAAAACAGAUGAUCAUGUCAUCUUUUAUUCGCGUUGAUGACACGCGUUUUUUUCUUGUUGAUCUUGCCUGCACCCCAAACCAAGCACCUUUCAUCUGUCUUUCAUUCUACCAAACAUGCUGAGAAAAUAACGAAUCUAUUUCUCUCUGAUCACUAUGGUAACCUCAACCUGUGGACAACUUGCAGAAGAACAAUCAAACCUCCCGGGUAUUUCCAACCAGUACAGUCUCCUCGGUUUCUUUUAUGUUACGAUACUGAACUUCUAAAAAUCUCCACUCUAGUCUAACCUUUACUCUUUUUGUCCGGUUCUCGUGAUUAAAUUGCUCUUACGCCUGUAUAUUGUCUCCGCUAAUUUCCCCUAUUGAUCCGCUUACUUUGGUCAGGCGAUCUGUGCGCAUCCUUCAAUUGGAUUGUGCGCGCACAUGUCUAGUUAGGCUACAAGACGGUUUCGUAAUCACAUCGCUCUCACCCUUAUCCGCGUUGCUUCCAUAUUUCUGUGAGUACAUGUUAGUGAAAGCGAACAAAAAAAGAGUUCGGCGGGAUGAUAAUUUUGCUGUUUUCAUUCUUUUCUCUGGUUUGUUCAAUUGACUAGUCAUUCUUUGCAUAAUUAUCAGAUGGUAAUUUUUUCCGUUUCUCACCCUCUUACUGACUUCUCCAUUUUUCCUGUUAGCCCCACUGGUUGGUAUUUAAGUUGGAAAUUAUUGAUUUUUAUCUGAUUUCAUUUGCGCCCCUGACGUAUCUCUUGUCUGGUUCACUUCCAGAGGUUCUAUUUUUGUAAUAUUAGUUACGCAAAACACAAACUCUAUCGAUUGAUUGACUUCAGGGCAUUGUUUCUUGCCGUUUGAAGCACCAAUCGAUACUGUGUGGACACUUGCUUUGGUGGUCACUCGUUCUCCGCGCUUCCACGCGCGCGUUACUUGCAUGCUUUUAAAAACCGUGUAUUUGAAUCUACAACUUUUACCGAUUGAGUACACUGUGUGCGCCAGUCCCUUUUUACCACCCCCUCGCCACCGCCACCAGUUGCGCCGCACCCCUCUCCUUAAUCAUGUACCCCUCUUUGAUUAAAAAGUAUACAUACGGAUCUGCGAUAAAGGUAAUUUGAAAC